GAGAGCGAGAGAGCUGGUGUAGUGAAAAACUACAUACUAAAGUCAAACAUUCUUCGCUUUCCCCGGGAGGACAUGAGAUCAUACUACAGUGAGGCCGAUUUUUACGAUUACGAUCCGCGCACCGAUAUCGAUCCACUGUGCUGUUGUGAGUUUUUCGAUCGAAACAAUGAGCGCAACCAUCUGCUGCUAGCGUGCUGCAGUUGCUGCUGCACCAAAGGUGCAUCCGCAUCCUCAGACUCCGAUCCGGCCAGUUGCACGGUGUUCCGGUGAAAUGGUAGCGUGAGGAGGAGAGGUGAAACAAGUUUCACGAAACCGACAUUUUCUCGUGUUAAAGCAGGCCGAAAAAUCGUCUCAGGGCAACGGAUCGAUUGAGUUUGCUGGGGCCCGAACAACAAAAAAAAAAAAAGAAUUGAUUUUCGAGCGAACGAAGAGAGAUAGUGCAGCACUGCACUGCACAAGAAGAAGAUUCGUUUCCGGCACUUUCGUGCGUGUAUGUGUGUGUGUGUGUGAGGGUUCAUGCAACCCUUCCAUUGGUGCAUUAUCGGUGCAGUCUCAUUCCGAUAGCCGGCUACGCACUUGCUACCCCGUUAGCACGUUUCCCGAUUCAAUCACCAUCGCUACGGUGUUCCCGAUAUCUAGGCGCCGACUAGGUGAGCAAAGUUCCCUUACGCGAGAGCUGGCACGAGAGUUUGCCCGCUUCCGGCAAACACGGUCCAUAUUUCCACUAGAACGUUUCCCGGUAGAAACGAAGGCAGCAAACUGACGGAGAAAACGGCCCGUAACAUGCUGCUCACGUUUCAGGACCGGUUGCGUAUACCGUGGCGCGGUGGCGCAAAGCAAAUUACGCUCGACAGUGUCAUUACCCUGGUGAUACUGGUGGCGACGUUGAUGGCGACGGCAAUCAACUUCCAUUUCUGCCUGCUCAUCUUCACCCUGCUGCCGCUGGUAUUGCUGUACAUGAAGCGAUUUUGUGGCCAGUUUCAUCCCAAGACCAAAUUCUUCAUCAUCUGGUUCUUCGGUAGCUGCGUGUAUCUGGUGGCACUGUUCGAGCUGACCGUUCCGUUGCUGGAAAUACUGCCCCAGGAAAACGUCAGCUUUGUCGCGCUCAUGACGCUCGCUUUUCUCUGCCUGUUUAAGGCAAAGCAACGGGCGGCUCAGCACGAUAUGUCCGGUAUGCUGGAUAUCGAUGGACCGAGCGAUGGCUGCAAAGUGCCCAAAGACACGCAGGUGGUAAUGUUUUCCGAUCGGGAUGAUUCGGACGAAGGGUUGACCGAUCUGGAGGGUGGCUCCCGGUUGGCGUGCCAGCUGUGCCGUAAGUACGUCCCACCGAGAACGUACCAUUGUAAGGUUUGUUCGGUGUGCGUGGUGCGGCAGGAUCAUCAUAACGUUUGGCUGAACUGCUGUAUCGGUAAAUCGAACCAUCGACUGUAUCUGGCGGGUUGCUUUUUCACCCUGCUGGCCCUGGUGGUGUUUUCCAAUCUGGCCAUGACGGCGGUUUGCCGGCCGACGCCAAUCUUUACGCUGUACGGCGUGAUCGUGAUGAUGCCGGACGAUUGUAAUGAUAUCUUUUUUCAGUAUGAUAUUGCACUGUGCUUCACGGGAUCGUUGUACGCUCUGCUGAUGGCUGCCUUCGUAACCAUUGCCAUGCUGAAACAGAUCAGCUUCAUCUCCUUCGGCCUUUCCUUCGACGAGUGGCGACGCGGUGAUCACGUUAAACGACGGAGCUGUCUUUGGAAUUGGAAGGCUUUCUGCCUUGGUCAGUAGGUCGGAAAAUCAGCUUCGGCCACCUUUACAUCCGUAUCCUGCACAAGCACUCACACACACACACUCGCUCGUACAUGUGUGUGUGAUUAGGAUUAGCUUUUGGUUAGUUAUGUUUAACACUGUUAGUAUGUUGUGCGAAUAUUCGUACAUUUCAAGCAUGCCAUGUUGCUCUCGUUCCGUUGCCUAGGCAGUUUUGUAGUUGCUAGGCCGCAGUUGGUCUCACAAUGGAUAAUGAACUAUGUACCGCGUUAUUGUUUACCCUCCCCCAUACACACACGCAUACAUCUUUUUAAAACUUUAGCAGUAACUAAUGCUACUCCCGGACUCCCAAGCGCGUACUCCCGGGGCAUCUAUCUAGGGGACAUAUUAUUAUACAUUCUCAACCAACCGUAGUGACAAACACCUCAACAGCUGAUGAGGGUUUUUUUGCUAGCUCUUGUUGUCGGUUUAAACUUAACAUUAGCGGUAGGAAUCUUAACAGUAGCCGACCCUAUCUCUCCACAGAAGAAGAAGAACAAAGAAACAGUCCAAAUCGGGGGUGUGAUUAAGGAACAUAAAAUGUUACAAAUGAUAUAAGUAGGAUAAUAAGAAAAGAAUUGUGCACAAUAAAAAUUUCAAUUCAAA